ACCCAACUCAACAUGCCUCGUUCGUCGCGGACCUCCAUGGGCAAGGGACGCACCGACGGCGAUGAAGGUUCGUCGCCAGCUGCUGCUACCCCCCGCAGAAGAAGCCCGCGUGGUUUGAAUGGGAGCGACGGCAGUGUCUCUUCUGUCCCCGCUGCCGGCGGCCCGCGAAGCAGGAGGGCCGGUCGAGAGGCCAGCACCAAGGCACCAAAGUCAAGGAAGCAGGGCCCGAGGGACUCCCCAUCUUCCGCCGGCCACUCGUCCGUUCCACUGGAAAAUCCGCCCUCGUCUCCUCCAGAAGGCACGGCGGUCGCUAGCAGCAGCAACGGGGUUCAGCGUCGCACAGCAGCAGCAGACGAAACCGUCAGCGGGAGCACCGCCGCCUCCGGCACCGGUGCAACACCCGUCGUGGAUUCUUCGGAUGUGGCCGGAGUGGCGGAGGAGGAGGAGCACGAGGAGGAGGAAGAAGAAGAAAAUGCGCGGGCGGAAACGGGGGGUAACACAGCGGCUGACGGCGUGCCGGCGGUGAACUCCAGAAGGGAGGCGUUUGCCCAGGUAGCUCGUGCCCGUGGAGCACACUUCGCCCGUCCCGAAAAACCACCUGCCCCUGGCACUGCCAGAGCAGGGGCGGCAGCGAGAGGUGCCAGUAGCGGCAGCGGUGGGAGCGGACGGCGGCGGGGCGCUGCUGCUGAUGCUGCUGCAGCCGGAGAGGGUGAUGAUGCUCCGAAGGAGCUAUGGCCUGGCCCCUUCGCCGAAGCACGACGUCUGAUGGACAACCGCGAGGCGGCGGCCGCUCUCCGAGAGUCUAUUCGGGUCAACGGCAAGGCCCAGGCAGCUUCGGACGAGGACGGCGACAGCGACGACGAUGAGGAGACGCCUCCCCCUAUCAAGGUGGACUGGAAACCCACGGGGAAGGGGAGCAGAAGUGGCAAAUCGCGGGCCAUCCCCUCGUUGUUUCGCCUUUGCCUCGACCUUCUGGCGGACAACUUCGACCACAUUGAGUCUCUAGGGGACGUGUCGCCCGAGGUUCGUAACCACCUGGCUGCGGUCAUGUGCCGCCAGCUCAAGUUAACCACGGAGGCCCUGCAGAGGCUUUCUGAACCCGGGGUAACCGAGAUCAUCCUCCCCGACUGCAGCCGCAUCGAGCCCGACCAAAUGCGCGACUCCAUCCUGCAGUGCCGACGCACCCUCAGGGUCUUGAGGCUCGGCACAUGCGGCCGGUGCAUAGGAGACGCCACGCUGGAGGCCCUUACGAAGGCCGGGGGAGUUCCAAGGUUGGAGAUGGCGUCCUUGGCGGGCACGUACCAGCUGACGGACACUGGUGUGCUGGAGCUGCUGCGCUGCUGCCCGAGACUCACCGGGCUAGAGCUCUCCGCUAACUCGCGCAUCACGCUCAAGGCCCUCGAGAAGAUGGUCGACAAGGAACGGCCCAUUGGGAUGGCACUGACGACACUCUCGUUGACGGAUUGCAUCCAGCUCGGGCCAGACGAGCUGGAGCCGUUGAAGGGAAUGGCCUGCCUGGAGAGGCUUUCUCUCAGCGGGUUAGCCAAGCUCACAGACGGAAUCCUCCUGCAGAUCUUGAAGGCGUGCGGCGGACGGUUGCGCCACCUGGACAUCUCGGACUGCACGGACCUUACCGACGCCACGCUCAAAGCCAUAGGGGAGCGGUGCGGGGUCCUGGAGUCGCUCAACCUUGGCCUGUGUCCCCUCCUCACGAGUGGUGCAAUCCAAGAGAUUUUUCAGUACAGCGGGAGCUCUGCAGAGGCGUCGACGGGGCGCCUCGCGCAAAAUCCAAGCGCUACAACCGCCCAAGACGAUGGUGACAUCAACCCCGCCAGCAGUGGCGCCGGGGGCGCUUUGAAGGGGGAGGGGAAAGGUAAGGGGAAGGGGAAGGGGAAGGGUAAAGGUGCGGCGGUAACCGCGUCUGUGGCUGCGGUACCGCGGUCAGCUUCCGCCGCAGACGGGGGCGAUGGGGGUGGUGCACGGCUGGGACACACCAUGCUCAAGUCGAGGCUGACGAGCGUGUCUUUCCGAGGGCUGGUGCAGGUGGACGACAAGGCAGUGGAGGCGAUGGCGGCCGCGUGCUCUGGCAGCCUUCGCUCUCUGGACCUGAAGGGACUGGCUCUCAUCACGGACAGGAGCCUGGUGGCGCUUGCGAGGUACUGCUCGUCAUCGUUGGAAUCGUUGGACCUGUCCUUCUGCAGGUCGGCCACCGACGACGGCUUGGGGCACCUGGUGGACGCUUGCGAGGACCUGAGGUCUCUCCGCCUGUGGGGGUGCAUGCAAGUCACGGACCGCUUCCUGAGGGGGCACAGCAAGGAGGAGCUCGUCAUCUCGCGCUACUGAGGGUCGGCCGAAGCACAGCGGUGCGCUCAUCUCGCAACACAGCAGGAACAGGGGCACAUAAAUUUGAAAGGGGAAAAGGAACGUGAUGCUGGCACUCCACGCGCCAAGGGGGAGGGGAGGGGGGGUGUCGAUCGGAGAAGGAGGCCGUGGGGCGCUUGCUUGGUCGAGGCUGGUCGAGGAGAAGGGGGGCUCCGCAGAAUGCUGUCCUGGUUUCGUUCGAGGUUGCAGCGCGUGCAUGUGUACGCGUGUGCUGGCAUCUUGCAGCAGCUGUGUACUGACUGUAAAGACAUCUGUAGCCUUGUUUGGUUUGGUGGAUACUGCUGUGACACGUUUGGAUGUACCGAUCUCGGAGGAACACUCCUACAGCACAAUCGGUAGCUGUUGGGGGACUGAGCUGCCGAUCGAACACUCCGCCGGGGGACACAGCAGUAAUUGUUAGCAUUUUUUUGGUUAUUCUCGUGAAUAUCAUUGUGUGUAACGUCCGGAGCGAAAGCGAAUGGAUGAAGUCAUGUAAGGAAGUCGCACCCCCUCGUACUGGAAGUGGGAAGGAAACAUUGUUUUUUGCUGUAGAGGGAGAUGGUGUCAUUGGCGAUAGGAAUCGAGUUGCGUAGGUAAGGGACGAGUUGACCCCUCCCGCGCCGCGUUGUUGUGCGUGUUUUCGUCAACGCCGCGCACGGCUCUUGAGACCGUCUAUUCUGUCGCCUUCUGUGCAGUAGCUGCCACUUUUUACCAAGGGUGCGUCGUGUUCAGAAAAAGUAAGUCACUUGCGCACGGCUUGCCUUGUCCGGUGUACAGAAUGAGGUGAGCAACGAAUUAUAGGCACAUGCGAAACAUGAGGAAAUACGGAAUUACAGACUAUUUACCCCCUUCUUCU